GAUUCGGAAGCAGAUGCUUUAUCCAUUGUAAAUGAAGUUCGUUUUUUGGCGGCUGCAUCGCACCCGAACAUUGUCGCACUCCUGGGCACCUAUUGCGCACGAGGAAAGCGUGGAAAGACUUCAUGGUUGCUGGCGCUGGAGUUUUGCAAUCGGGGGCCUUUGUUCAACUAUGUCUCGACUCAAGGGCAUUUUGAUUUGAUCCAUGGCCAAAUCGUCUCAGCAGGUGUAUUGAGUGCCACUGCGUAUUUGCACGCCCAACAGAUUUUGCACCGGGACAUCCGUCCGCAGAACAUCUUGUUGGAUGAUUCCACAGGCGAGAUGAGGCCGGUCUUGGCCAAUUUUGGGCGAGCUGCGCUUGUGGAGGUGGAAGCGUUUCGACCCAACAGCUACUGCGCACCUGAGAUUUUGGAUUCCCGUCUAGGGAAACCAGGCCCCCAUAGUGACGUCUUUAGCGUUGGCGCUUCCAUGUUAUUCCUUUUCACUGGGUUGGAACGAUUUGGCGAAGUGGCCAGUGUUACGUGGCAACCAUCGCUCACGGGCAAUGCUAGCGUUGAUGAGAUUGCUUCCAGCAAGCUGACGGCCGGCUUAGCCGAUUUUCUCCUCCGCCUGUUGGCUCACAACGGUCGCAAACGCCCAUCAGCAGCUGAGGCCUGCAAGUUAUUAGUGGUGGACGCUCCAGAAGGAGUGCAGGAAAGUCUGGUCGUUGUGAAAGCGAUGGCAGCCUUGCCUGUAGGCAAGGAGAAAGCUAUUAUGCCCAUGAUCUCUGAGAAUUUCUUCGAAGAUGCGGAUGAAGAAGGCCGCAGACUCGAAGAAGGAGACAGCCGCCGACUCGAAGGCACUCAUGGGUAUGCUCCUCAACCCUCAGGACCUGGCUAUGCAAAGCUUCCUCCAGGAACCGCUCCUUCACUCAUUGUGCCUCCCAGCUCGCCUCCAGCGACACCCAGUCCGAGAAAGAGCCGUUCCUUUCUGAGCUCGCGUCUGAGAGGAUUGCACGGGACGCGAGAUGAUCCAGCAGCUGCCGGCUGCCAGUCCACCGGGUUUUAGCAGUUUUCGGAUCUUCAGCAGCACUUCUCAGCUGCAAGUUGCACGGCUUUGGAUUUUCAACCACAACGUUCAAUUCUUCUCCUCAUGCCCCGAUCAUUUGGUAAGAUGGCAAUGCUCAGUUCACG